AGAGUAAACAGUUUUACCGUCGAAGCUAUCAACGGCCGUUCCCCGCCCCACCAUGCGAGGGAUAUGGAGCCUAGUGAUUACCCUAGCGGUAAUUCUACAAAUCGCUCUAGUAUCGGGAAAGGCGUUAAUACCACAAGAUCAACAAGCUCAGCAACAGUUAGAACAGAAAGGACAAAUAAAUUCUGCUCAGAAACGUGUCGGAUACGACUACCCUGCACCGUCAAAUGACUUAAUCAAUCCAUUCCAAGAUCAUGACAACUUACAUCCACACGACGGUCAUCAUGAAGUUGUCGAACAACAUGUUGACGAAUAUCAUGGCCAUGAUGACCACAGUCAUCACCUAGAAGAACAUCAUAUCGAAGAGCAUCAUGACCAUGAGGAUCACCACGACCCCCACGACCACCACGAUCAUCAUGACCACCACGACCAUCACGACCCUGGUUAUUGGAAGAAAAAGCUAAUAUGGAAACCAGGAUGGAAGAAAAUUUGGAAACCAGCUAAAAAACAAAUUUGGAAGCCAUCUUGGAAAAAAAUUUGGAAGCCAAUCUGGGUACCAACAAAAAUACCUGUUUGGAAAGAAAUUAAAGUACCAGACUGGAAAAAGAUUUACAAACCCGAAUGGAAACCUAUCAAAGUGCCCGCUUGGAAAGAAGUUAAGGUUCCGGAUUGGAAGAAAAUAACAAUUCCUGUUUGGAAAGAUAUUGUUGUUCCUGGGUGGAAAGAUAUUCAAGUACCUGCGUGGAAAAAGCUAUGGAAACCAGAAUGGGUAAAGGUUGGUAUACCAGGCGAAAAAUAUUUAGGUAAGGAUCAUGAAGGUUGGGAAUAUACGUCUCACGAUUUAUGGAAAAAGAAGUUAAUAUGGAAACCUAUAUGGAAAAAAUACUGGAAGCCAGCUAAAAAACAAAUUUGGAUUCCUGAUAAAAAGUUAGUGUGGAAAGACCAGUGGAAGCAAAUAUGGAAAACAGAAAAACAACAAAUUUGGAUUGAUGACAAGAAACUCGUAUGGAAAGAAGCUUGGCAGCAGAUUUGGAAACCGUCGAAAAAACUAAUUUGGGUGCCUGACAAAAAACUAGAAUGGAAGGAAGCAUGGAAACAGAUUUGGGUUCCAGACUGGAAAGAAAUUUGGGUACCAGGAGUUAAGAAGAUAUGGAGACCCGUAUGGAUAUCUGAGUGGUUCCCUUCACCCGAUCACCACGAGCAUGUACACAGUUGGGACAGAAACGACAAUAACUUAGCUGCCAGUCAAAAAUCAGUAGCAGUGCAACCAGCUCCACAAAAAGUAGUGCCACAACAACCAAAACAACAACAACAACAACAACCACAACAGCAACCGCAACAACAAUCAAUCUGGCAGUUUCCAAAAUAAUUUAUUAAAAGCUUAAGAUAUAGUCGUACAUGUGUAAAUAUGAGUCAAAGAUUACCUUUUAAGUUCUGACUUCAGAAAUAAAUGGCAGAUGAAGUCAGAACACGAAGCUGGCUACAGAUACGAGGAAUAAUCGCAUCGCAUUCUGCAAAUAGGUAAUUACUGUUUUAUAAAUAAAUCUGUUUGCGUUGCGAAAAAAAUACAGGUGCGAUGCGAUUGUUAAUCCCAGUUUAGAAACAUGUUCUGUAGUAGUAAAGUUUUAAGUGAAAAGCUUUAAUAGGUCCUUUUUAAUACUAGGACUCAGUCAUUAAUCGAAAAAUAUCUCACCUCCAUAAUUUUCGUAUCUAUUUUAUCGGAUGAAUGAAUUCUGCAAUUAUAGAAUUUCAUCUACCCAGUUGCAAUAAAAGUUCAUUCGGCCUGUUUACAGUUUAUAAUUCCGAAUAUCUGAUUUCAUUCUCCAUUGGGUCGUAAACGUUGUUAUUGAAUGCAGUUACGAGGACGGACAAAUGAGUUCAUUUAUGAUUUUUGUUUUUUAAAUAUUACCAUAAAAUUUCGAUGAUCAUAUUUUUGUAUAAAUAUGGAAUUGGUGAAUAAUUGAGGUUUUAUUAUUGGUGAAAACAAAGUGAGUCGUAUUCAUAAGUGAAAUAAUUUCUGUUCAAAAUCGGAUGUCAGAUGUUUGCUGAUGACGCAAAUUAUAUAUAAAGCAGUUUCAAAAAAUGAAUGAUAGAUUAUAUCGACUGAGUAUGUUAUUAAAAUUCUCGUUGUUGAGAUAUUUG